AUGUAUUGGCCCAUCGGCGCGCCGAAUGUCUACGCUCUAUGGAAGCAUGCGAUUCCAGCGUCGCAACUGACGCAUUCGGAUGAUGGUCUGAAUGGUCAAGAUAAGGAGAAGGACGAUAAUGCAACACCGAACAACGCUGUCGCAUCAGGUGCAGCCUCCAAUGGCGUACACAGCCCACAAAAUGGACAAGCCUCACAGAGCAAAGAGAACCCUGAAUUCGCAGAGCAUGAAAUACUUGAUGUCAAAGUAUCCAGGGGAGGCAGCAUAUUCGUCACCAUGACCCGCUCCGCUUUGAUGGUAUGGCAGACGAAGCCCACAAUAGCAUUGGCAGGCGUUGUCCGCUCCGUGCAGUCACUGAAUGCUUACGGGCCGAAUACUGCAUUGCUUCUGAGACCUGAUGCCUUGAUCAUCGUUGUACAGACGACGCUCGGCUACCUCAUCACGUACUCGUUGGCAACGGACCCAAAUGCUCGGGUGUUCCAAACAGUGCUUCCAGAGUCCAGCAGGCAUCUGCGACGACCAAGCGCCGAGGGUUACAAUAACCUUAGGCGACAAUCAGUCAAUCCCUCGGGCAGCAGUGCGGGUGAGGGCGACGGCAUCCGAGAAAUCAAUGUACGCUUCCGCAUGGUCAUUCGAAUAGACGCUGGUAUCAGCAGGGCCCUCGCUCUAGAUGACGAGUUGGUCGUCGCAACUCAGAAGCCAUCAGCAUUGCAAUGUAUUAGAUGGGUCGCUGAGAGUGGCUCUUCACAAACCAGCACUGAACUCGUUGGUCGCAUGUCAUGGAUCGGACGCAAGGUCUCGAUUGUCGAAAUGGUGCACGACCGACCGAUGAAUCUCACCACCUGGAUAACAAGCGAUGGACGAGCCUAUGCAGUACAGCGACGCGUUGGUGCAAAUUUAGAUCCUGACAAUCCGAAGAGUCUUUUCCAGGGCUUUUGUUUCCGUGAGCCCGAGACUGACGACGCUGCUUCUACCAAGAUCGCGAUCAAUGCACGGUUUUCCCUCAUUUCUGUGGGAUGUGCCAAUGGCCAAGUAGACGUCUACAUUGUCAAGGACUACACCGGAAACAUCCCGUUUUCCCACAAACUACGACUGCAAGUUGGACCUACGACGACGGGGCACCUGUCAUUUCUUGCGUACUCGCCGGACGGCUACUGCCUCUUAGCAGGAUAUGAGAAAGGGUGGGCAAUAUGGACUGUUUAUGGCAAGAUCUGUGCCACUUCUUUUGGCACCGACCGCUCGCAAGCACUGGCUAACGAUGAGCCUUGGAUUGAGGGCAUCAAGAACGCAUUCUGGGUUGGAGGAGGAAGCGAACUGGCGUUACUUCCAGUUGCUGACAACCGUCUUUGGUUCCUCGACAUGGCCAGGAAUGCUGCGACUGGAUGCUUCUCGCCCUCGAAUCUGUCUCGCGGCCUGCUGCAUUCCAGUCGCGAUGUGAUUUUGUACAGAGGUCACGAAAUAGCGGAUGUCACGUCGUUACCUUCCGACAUGUCCCUUUGGCAAACCAUUCAGGUUCCCACGCUGUACUUGGUACAUCAAUGGCCAAUCAAGAUGGCGGUCGUAUCCCCAGAUGGCAAAUACAUCGCAGUCGCAGGCCGCCGAGGACUUGCACACUACAGUGUCACAAGUGGUCGAUGGAAGACAUUCGAUGAUUUACAAGCUGAGCAAGAGUUUGUAGUUCGCGGUGGCAUGUGCUGGUAUCAACAUGUCUUGAUCGCCGCUGUGGAGGCCAAUGGCCGCUUCGAGGUCAGGCUUUACUCUCGCGAGAAAGCACUUGAGUAUUCACACAUCCAGCACGUUGAGCAACUCUCGGCGCCAGCAAUAUCGACGAAUAUAUCUGGAACGGACUCACUUCUCGUGUACACCUACGACAACACUCUCCUGCACUACAUCAUAGUAAUGACGGGCUCCUCUGCCAAACUCGUCCAGGUCGGACAGAUUGGCUUCCAUGGCAUCAUUCGUGCUCCCCAGCGUGUGCGAUCCAUCAGUUGGAUCCUUCCAGAGGACCAACUAGAACACGGCGACCCUGCGCAGGAUGUGGCAGCCGCAUCCGUUCUUUUCCUUGUGGACGGCAAGUUGGUUUUGCUCCAGCCGUCCACGAACGAGCUUGGCGAGUUGAAGUACGACAUGCGUGUCAUUGCGCAGAACGUCGAGUACUACAUGCUACUGCGAGACCAGCCGGCGACAGCGGCCUUGCUCGAAGGAGGAUCUAGCACGAUAUCAACGCCUCCGCUGAAUGGCUUGUCGCUCAAUGCUCACCUCGGCCAUAGCCUGCGGGACUCGCUCUGGUACUUUGAUGGUUCCGGACUGACCGUGUGGUCUGAUGUUCAAGACGUCCUGGCAUGCGCACCAAACGAGCUUGGCCGUGAACUGCCCCAAGCAGUCGCCGUACCUCUUGACUUCUGCCCACUAGCUGUGCUGGUAGGGAAGGGUAUCAUUUCUGGGGUUGAAGCAGAUCUAACUCAAAGACGGGACGUCAACUUCAGCUUCUUCCGGCAUACAGGGCGCACACAGCUCUUCCUUCCUCAGCUGCUGCGUUAUCAUCUGGCCGAGUUCAAUUCUCCAGCGGCUCUGCAUCUGUCGAACUCUUAUCAGGAUCUGCCUUAUUUCUCUCACGCAUUGGAGAUUCUUCUACAUGACGUGCUCGACAUGGAAGUCGACAAUCCACCAUCUCCGCCAGAAACGGCCCUGCUACCUACGGUCUUGUCUUUCUUGUCCUCCUUCAGCUCCUAUCUCGAUGUUGUCGUGAAUUGCACCAGGAAAACAGAGCUUCGAAGUUGGCAGACACUGUUUUCGUAUCUGCCUCCUGUUGCAGAGCUCUUCGAGCAGUCUCUGGCGCAAGGCAAGCUCAACACAGCUGCAGGAUACCUUCUUGUUCUACACGCAUUCGAGCAGGACUCUUUUCAGGUGCACGAAUUUGCGUUGCUGCUGCGACGCGCGGCUGGCGAGCAGGACUGGGAACUGUGCAGGGAGCUAGCCCGGUUUCUGAUGGGUAUUGAUGCAUCCGGUGAGACGUUGACAUCUGCACUCACGGAAGCCCACCUGCAGGACACCGCUCAUGGCACGUUUGGAAGUCUCCAACCAGGCGACGAUGUUGCAUCGCAGCGGUCAGUCAAAACUUACCGCCAAUGGGGUCGCUUCAGGCGCGAGAGACUACUUCUCGUUGAUGCCGCAGCGGAAAUCAUCAGUUGA